AUGGCGACAAAUUCGCAGACUUAUUUCAGCUACAACCCACAUUAUGCUCUGUGUACUAAGGAGACCAACAAAGGAUUUGUAAUAACUCGUCUCGCAGAUGAAGCAAAAUUAGCAACUAUUAUAGUCAGAGAUCUGAAGCAAAUAGCUUCAUAUCAAUGGGAUUAUUUGAAAGGAAAGUUCCUCAUCGUAUUUUUCAAAGAUGGCACUGCAAGGAUCUACAAUUGCUUCGCAGGAGGCAAACUAGUGUCACUGCUUAGAUUUACGAGUAAGAGAGUUAUCUCUGGCAUUUGGGACCGUGUCUGUUUACCAAAACGUGCAAGCGGAGCGUUUGAUCACGAUAUCACUAAGCUCAUGCCAUUAUUGAUAAAGUUUGGUAGAGAUUCAAGACAGACCUACAUUUUGCCCUACGAGCCGCCGAACAACGUAUGGCGGCGCCAAUCUUUGAACGAGGAACAAGAACCAGUGAUAUUCGAUACUCACAUUGUAUACCAGGAAGAAGAUGGGACCUUUAUUAUAAUGUUCCAAGGCGAAUGUCCAAUCGCUGUACCGAGAGUACUUCCGAAUGAUGACCAUUGGUUUUCGUCGUCGCCAGUACCGAAGAUAUUAACGAUUGAGCAUGGUCUUUAUUGUAUUUUCCAUAAAGAUGGUGCUGCAGAAUCACUUGACCUGCGUCCCCUGCUGGAGUCCGAACUGACCAUUUCCUUGAUUGAUAACAUUAUUACAAUGAGACAACUCUCCAAAUAUUUGCGGGAUCACUUGGAUAUCAUCAAUAAAGAUUUAGUGAUACCAUAUGUUGAAUUUUUAACAAAAGUAUGUGACCACGAUUAUGAUAUAGAGAAUUUGAAUCAGCAAUUAAGCUCUUUGUUGCUAAUUGGAGAAGUACCCAUUGAAUUAGAGGAUUGGUUUAUUAACGCCUUCGGAGAGAAAAACCUCAAAAAAUGGAAAAAACUCGCUUUAGAAGCUUAUCAGAAGACUGCACAAGUGCUUACUUUAACAUUUAUUCCAGCUUGUGAAAGGUUGCUGAUUCUAGCAGAAAGAAUUGGCGGACUCUCAAAAUCCUUGCAACUGCUGGAAACGCAAAUGAUUGGUGAACUAUCCGAACUCUCUACCUUAACCACCACUCUCCAGUCAUUCCUUGAGACAACCCUACGAACUAUCAAAGAUGUAAGCUAUCAAGAAAUGCUCUUUACAGUCUUUCAGGAAUGGUUCAGUGACAGAGUAAUGGAAUCGAUAAACGAGGAUUAUAAACCUAAAAUGAAAUUAGAUGAUCAGCCUGAUAUCGCACACAAGCUCUUGAAAUUUUUUGAAUCCAGGCUGAAAAAAGAGGAUCAACAGGAAGCUGUUAAUGACCUCGCUAAGGUGAAUUCAUUCGACACUCUCUUACGACAAGUAAAUGAAAAUUUAGAAUCGGUGUUGGAUCAGAAUAUCAAACCCAAAGUCCUCCACAAGAUAAAAAGAGGCUACCACUAUUCGGUAUUCAAGACCACCAAUGCAGACAACGAGUUUUUACCACUCGAUACCGAGCUUUUGGAUGUCACGACGUCGCCUUCCCUCCCAGUGAUCGUAUUCAUUGCCUCAAAUAAGUCUCAUGCCCCUCAACACACAACAUAUAGUUUAGGGUCUUUGGAAAAAACUGUACCCAGUAAGACGGCUUCCAAACAGGUCUACCUUGAGAUACCAACAAAAAUAAACUCCCAAAUAAAUCAAGCUCGAGUCUGGGAAACAUUCCGCAAGGAGGAGGACAUCGUGAGCAGGGAGCAUAAAAACAAGAAUGUUACUAGAACCCUCAGUGUUGAGCUUGGCUUCGAGUAUUGCGCCGACACUAACAGCCGCGACAGUUGCGACGCUGAAAGAGAUAAAUUUAAGAUGCAUUACAGGUGCAUUAUAGAGUCCAGCGGCCAGCUGAAAAUAUCGCAUGAAACGCCCCAGCAAACUGAGAAUACGCGACUCAAAUAG